AUGGUCAGCUUGCCCCGCCCCUCGGAUGCAGACGGCUCCAUUGCCCCACGCCCACCCCACCCCCGCCUUCUUCCGCUCAGAAACCGGAAGUGGGACUGCGGACCUAGGAGCCAGGCCGGAAGCAGCUCAGGGCUAGAGUCUCGCUCCGAGCGCACUGCCGUCAAAUCCUUGCUGCUGCCCCUGGCUGUCGCCUCCCAAGAAAAGUCGUGGGACCAUGUCGAAUAUGGAGAGUAUCCUUUCCUUUCUGAAAAGCUGCUGCUAGGGUUUAAAGAGGUGGGGGAGAGGAGAGCCUGGGGCCCCGGAAGGCUAAUGUCACCUGUUCUUUCAGUGAAUUUAUCCACUUCUGAAAAAUCGAAGGAGAGUGGUGUGGAAGCAGGCGACAGUUUGCCAGAGGUUUGGGGCAGAGUUUCCGAACACCUAUUUAACUUGAAGUUUGCUGCAAAAGAACUUAAUAGGAAUGCCAAGAAAUGUGAUAAAGAAGAAAAGGCUGAAAAGGCCAAGAUUAAAAGCGUCAUUCAGAAAGGCAAUACAGAAGUUGCAAGAAUACAUGCUGAAAAUGCAAUCCGCCAGAAGAACCAAACAAUUAAUUUCUUGAGAAUGAGUGCUAGGGUUGAUGCUGUGGCAGCCAGAGUUCAAACUGCAGUAACAAUGGGCAAGGUAACCAGGUCCAUGGCAGGUGUAGUUAAGUCUAUGGAUGCUACAUUGAGGAGUAUGAACCUUGAAAAGAUUUCUGCCCUGAUGGACAAAUUUGAACAGCAGUUUGAAACACUGGAUGGUCAAACGCAACAAAUGGAAGACACAAUGAGUAGUACUACAACCCUAACAACACCACAAAACCAGGUGGAUAUGCUGCUUCAAGAAAUGGCAGAUGAAGCUGGCCUUGAUCUCAGUAUGGAACUACCACAAGGUCAAACAGGUUCUUUUGGCACAAGUGUUGCUUCCAUGGAACAGGAUGAACUAUCACAGAGACUUGCUCGUCUACGUGAUCAAGUGUAA